UCCCUUCUCUCAUUACGUCCCUCUCCCAUUUGCAUGGUUUCUAGAAAUUUGAGCUAAUCCUUGUGAUGUUCUAAUUCACCCAUUCGGUGUUAUUGGAUCCAACUCUAUCCUUGGCUGUGUCGUUGUAAGAUGCGUAGUGGCAACAGGUCGCCAAGGAAGGGAAACAUAGAAGAAGUUGGCUUACUUUCAACUUCUAGAGGUAAAGCCACUCUGAAUAAGAAUAUUCCAAGUCCCCAACAGUCUCGAAAUAUUCACGUACCGUCGUCUUCCAGUUUUAGAACCUUGUCAAAACUGUCUUCUCCAGCAGCUUCAGAUGCUUUGAGGUUGGCAAGCGCUUUAGAAAGAUUACAAGAGAUAAAGAAUAAGAUUAACGGUUACAGACCAAUAUUUUUUCUUGAUUUUGACGGAACUCUCGCAAACAUUGUGUCCAAUCCAGACAUGGCUACAUUAACAACCGAAAUGCACGAAACUUUGAGACGUUUGGCAGAAAAGUAUGCAGUAGCAAUAAUAUCUGGCCGUUCUCGCAAGAAAUUGAAGGAGUUAGUUGACCUACAAGGUGUUAGUGGCUUGUUAUAUGCUGGUAGUCAUGGUUUUGACAUUGGCGUUCCUUCAGACGAAGUUGGUGGAGAUAUAUCGUACCAUCCUAAGUUGGCUGAAUCUUUUUUGCCGACUCUAAGAGAAGUUCGAAUGAGAAUUAUGUCGGAAGUUUUACCCAAGUUUAAGGGAGUGACAUUGGAGGAUAACGCCUUUUCACUUUCUAUUCACUACAGGAAUAUAGUCUCAAGAGAUUCGGAGUCAGGAGAUGUUCAAAUGGAAGUGGACCGUUUGGAAAGUGAAAUUGAUAGAAUCGUGGAACCGUUUCGAGACCAACUUGAGAAAACUUUUGGACGGAAAGUAUUCGAAAUUCGUCUCCUGCUCAACUGGAAUAAAGGACAAGCGGUGCGUUGGUUACUGCAUAUCUUCAGUAAGGGAAUUUCGGAAUCAUGGAAUGAUAAAGUGCCGCUAAAUGAGAAGAUUAAGGAGACCCAAUUUUUGGCAGAGUAUCAGGAUCUUUCUCUUUCUUCUUCACCUCUCGAAAACAUGGAAGAGAUUUUCCUACAAAACAAUCUCGAAACGCACAAGUCACAAGCCAGUUGGUAUUCGGAAAGUAGUGACUCUCCCUUUUUUCCUUUGUAUUUUGGUGACGAUAUAACAGAUGAAGAUGCUUUUCAAGUUCUUCAAGUAGAAAAUGGAAUUGGUAUUGUGGUUACAGAAAUAUCUAGACCUACAGGUGCAAAGUACCGUUUAAGAAAUCCCGAUGAAGUACAACAAUUUCUUGAUAAAUUUCUUACUGAAUAAAUUUCAACGAAAAUGAUCCAUCUCACCCUAACUUUCU